UGGAACAGACACUGAUGCUUCACGCCUACGCUACCAAAAAUUCAAUCAACUGCUAGUCAAAAGUCACGUGAUCCAAUAUCCCAUUUGUCUUUUGUCAUCCUUUCGUCUUUGCCAAAGAUUUUGUCACGACCUACGUUACAUAUCUGAUGGACUGAUGGUGCAAAGCGUUCGGGCAAGCAAGCUAGACGCAAUGGCAGCUCCUCUUCUCCUCAUCGUCGUCCUCGUCGCCACCACCGCCGCGGUCUCUGCUGCAGGCUCGGACACCACCAUAUUCCCCACAGAAGCGCUACCGACCAAGUCCGGCUACCUCCCGAUCCCCGCGGCCAACGCUUCCAUGUACUACGCCUUCUACGAGGCCACCCACCCGCUGACCCCGCCGGCCGCCACGCCGCUCCUGGUCUGGCUCGAGGGCGGGCCCGGCCUGUCCUCCUUCGCCAGCAACUUCCUCCAGAUCGGCCCCUACGUCUUCUCCUCCUCGCCCGCCGACUCCGACACCGACUCCUCCGACGCGUCUUCCUUGGCGCCCCCCUCGCUGCGCUUGCGCCCCAACCCCUACGCGUGGAACCGCCGCUUCGGGCUCCUCUUCCUCGAGAGCCCGCUCGGCACCGGCUACAGCGCGGCGCCGUCGCCCUCCGCCAUCCCGACGACGCAGCCCGCCGUGGCGGAGCACGUCCUCGCCGCGCUCCAGUCCUUCCUCUCGUCGCAGCCGGACGACGCCACCUUCCGCGCCCGCCCGCUCUUCCUCACCGGCGAGAGCUACGCCGGCAAGACCAUCCCCACGGUCGCCGCGCUCAUCCUGGCCAGCACCAGCACCACCAGCACCAACCCGGCUCUCCCCGAGCACCUGUCCACGAGGAUGAGGAUCAACCUGCGCGGCGUGGCCAUCGGCAACGGCUUCGUGCACCCGGCGGCGCAGGUGACCACGCACGCCGACGUCCUCUACUUCGCGGGCCUCAUCGGCGCGGAGCAGCGGCGCGAGGCGGCGGCCAUGCAGGCGGAGGCGGCGGCGCUGGCCGCGGCGGGGCGGUGGCGCGAGGCGGUGGACGCGUGGUUCCGCGCGCUGUCGUGGCUGCGCGACGCCACGGGGCUCCCGUCGCUGUUCGACGUGGCGGCAGCGGACGACGCGUCGUCGCCGCUGCAGGCCCUGACGGCCGCCGGCGCCCGAGCCGCGGGGUUCAUGAACGACGCCGGGGUGAGGGCGGCGCUGGGCGCGCGACGCGACGCGCCGGCGCCGCCGUGGGAGCUCGUCAGCGCCGCGGUCGUGGCGGCGCUGCACGACGACGUGAUGAAGAGCGCCAAGCCGGACCUGGAGGCGCUGCUGCGGGGGCCGCCGGCGCCGGCGCCGUCCCCGCGCGUGCUACUGUACGAGGGGGUCCGUGACGCGCAGGUCGGCGUGGUGUCCGUGGAGGCGCUGCUGCGGGAGCUGGACUGGGAUGGGCUCGCCGCGUUCCGGGACGCCCCGCGCGCCGUGUGGCGCCAAGGAAGCGGCGGCGGCGGCGAGGCCGGACAGCGAGGGAGGCUCGCCGGGUACGUCCAGAAGCAUGGCGCGCUCGUGCACGUCGCCGUGUACGCGGCCGGGCACAUGGUGCCGGCGGACCAGGGGCGGGCGGCGCAGGAGAUGAUCGAGAACUGGGUGUUCGACGAGGGCUUGUUCAGCAGCGACGGCGGAAAGCAAUACGAUGAGGCGUCUUGUGGGGGCCAUGCGAGUAUCUAUCAGUAG